UUAAAAAAGAGGGGCAAAGACUUACCACAUCAGCUUCUCUCCGCAUCUCCCCGUGACCCGGAGCCCCACAAAGCUGCCUCCCUCUGCAUGCCCUCCGUCCUGUCUCCAUCCCUGAGCUCUGGGUCAGCCCUUUCACCCUGAGGUCCAGGGAAUAAGAAUGAUGCCUCCCUCUCCAGCAUCUCCGAGAGAACCAAUGAAUGGCUGGGUUUGGUAGCACAUCAGUGGCAAGGCUGCCCACGGGGCUCCAUCCUCUGCCUUCUAGGGGGAGCGAGGUGACAGGAGGCAGUCAGGAAAUUUCAGUGCUGCUGCUGAAAAUCAUGGCACAUUCAUGAAGGUAGCCGGGAGCAGAUCUGGACCAGGUUUUGGGCUGGGUAGUACUGCGUGGGUGCUGACUUCGGGCUGCCGGCUCCUCAGAGCUGCCAUCGCUCUAUCCCCCUGGAAUUCCUCGGGUCCUCGUUCCUGGCAUCUCCCGAGUUGGACACACUACAAGCCAUGAUAUCACUGCAAUUUCAUGCUCAUUGGAAACCUGACCCACUCACUUCACUUUUCGGGCUGUGUGUGCCCAGCUCUGCCGGAUGCCAUGUACCUGCCCCUGGUUACCCCCACGCUGCCCUCCUGGGGCACCCCUAGUCCUGGAUGGCUGUGGCUGCUGCAGGGUAUGUGCUCGGAGGCUGGGGGAGCCCUGUGACCAGCUCAACAUCUGUGACCAGAGCCAGGGGCUGGUAUGCAACUACAGUGCCACUCUGGGGAACAGGAGAGGCACCUGCAACUUUCCGGAAGAUGAUGGCAGCUGUGAGGUGAAUGGGAGGACCUACCGGGAUGGGGAGACCUUUCAGCCAAGUUGCAAGUUCCAAUGCCACUGCUCAGAUGGGGGGUUCACUUGCACUCCCCUUUGCAGCGAGGACGUGCGGCUGCCCAGUUGGGACUGUCCCCACCCUAAACGAGUUGAUGUCCCUGGGAAGUGCUGCCAGGAAUGGGUCUGUGACCAGGGAGUCCAACCUGUUCCAGCAACAGUGCCCCGGUUCCUGGGACCUCCAGCACCAUUGUCCCCUCGAUUUGCCUGCCAGGAAUGGAGCACAUUGUGGGGCCCCUGUUCUGCCACCUGUGGGCUGGGUGUGGCCACCCGGGUGACCAAUCAGAAUCCACUCUGCCGGCUGGAGAUGCAGCAUCGUCUGUGCCUGCUCAGGGCCUGUCCUCCUUUACGAGUUCCUUACCACAGUGUCAUUGGUGCCUCUUAAGGGGAGGUGUUCCUGUCUAUGCUUGUGGAUAGAAGUUUCUGGGGCAAAAGAGAUACCAACUUGCCAGGCUUGGAGACUGACUGCCAUCAUCUCCCACUGAAGCCUCCAUCAGGCUGCUCUGACCUAUUGCUCCAAUACCUUCCUUUGAAGGAGACUCAUCCCCUUAAAUGGAGGUGCCAAUAAGGCUCACCUCUACCUACCAGCCUGUAGAAUUCAUGCCUAGAUUUUGAGCUUCUCCCAGACACCCUAACCAGCCAAGACUCAGUACAGAGAUGUGGACACAAGUCACCUUAGGAUCACAGAAUUUAGGAAAGGGAUCUUAGAGAUCAUCUAGUUCAGGGGUCCUUAACCUGGAAUCCAUAGGAUAGACGUCAAAGGGUCUGUGAACUUAGAUGAAAAAAAAUUGCUUAUUUACUUUCACUAACCUCUAAAAUUUAGUGUUUCCCUCUACUAGGAAUUUUUUUUAAAAAACACCAUUAAUCUGAGAAAUGGUUUACAGGCUUCAUCAGACCACCAAAGGGAUCUAUGACACAAAAAAAGAUUAAGAACUUCUAAUCUAGUGCAACCCUCUCAUUUUACAGAAGAGGGAACUGAGGCCUGUAGCAAAGAGCUAUUUAAUCGAAUAGACUGUUCUGUUUUCUUUUACAUUUAUAUGUCACUUCAUUUUUUGUGUUUCUUUUUUAUUUUUUAAACUAUUUUAU